AUGCCUUUCAGCGACGCAAAGAUAUUGAAAGGACGCGUAACGUACAUAAAUCACCCAAUUGGCGUUGCCAAGAUUCUAACAGAUGCAUGUAUAUUUGAUUUAGCUACAAUUCAAGCCGCAAUUUUGCAUGAUACAGUUGAAGAUACCGACACAACUUUUGAAGAAAUAGAAGAAAGAUUUGGAAAAGAAGUUAAAGAUAUCGUAGAAGAAGUUACGGAUGAUAAAGAAUUACCAACUUUGGAGAGAAAAAGAUUACAAAUAGUUACUACUCCACAUAAAUCAAAUAAGGAAAUAGUUAAACUUGCAGAUAAAUUAUAUAAUCUUAGAGACAUACAACGUUCAAUACCAGUGGAUUGGACGGAAGAACAAUAUUUUCAAUGGGCUAAAAAAGUAACGGAUGGAGCCAAGGGAAUCAAUCAGAAAUUAGAAGAUCAAUUAGAAGAAAUAUAUCAAAACGGCACAUUUGAAUUUAAAGGUGUAACUUAUAAAUGUCAUCCACAUAAUUAA